AUGGAAAAAGAAGUGAAGGCGGUAGAAAAUGAACAAAAAUAUGGAAGAAUUUGUGUUGGUCCACGUAAAUCAGCAGGUGUAUUAAGUUGGCCUGGAAUGAUAUCUAAACGGUUAGGACAGGAGAGAAUAUCAGAAAGAUGGAUAAGUGUUUUCUGCACAUUUGCUAAUUGCUUGCGUCCUGAUGCAACGACAGCAGCGACAUUAAGCAGGAGGGUAGGAGGACGCAUGCAAUCUGAUGUGAAGAAACACCCUUGGGGCUCACAGUUCAAUUUACAUUAUUCACAAACACAGACAUACCGUCCCAUCAAACUACAAUAG